AUGGGACAGGGCAAGUUUGACCACCUUCCGCUCGCCAAUAAAGGCCCGCUAAAAGUGCCCCUCUAUGGCCGCGUACUGCUUGAUAACCCUUUUUACAACAAGGGGACAUGCUUCACAUCGCAGGAACGUCUAGACUUCGGCCUCAAGGGUCUCCUGCCAACCAAUAUCCAGAAACUCGAUGAACAGGUCAUGCGUGCCUAUCAGCAGUACUGCAAUCAGCCAGAUGACCUCUCCAAAAACACCUUCAUGACCUCAAUGGCUGAGCAAAAUACGGUGCUCUACUAUCGUCUGAUUCAAGACCACCUGCGAGAAAUGUUCAGUAUCAUCUACACUCCAACCGAAGGUGAUGCCAUAGAGAAUUACUCUCGAAUCUUCCGCAGACCGGAUGGUUGCUUUUUGAGCAUCAAACACCCCGACGAGGUAGAGGAGCGACUGAGUAAGUUUGUUCAACAGAAAGACCCCGAGGGGGGGGUCGACUACAUCGUGGUCAGUGAUGGAGAAGAGAUCCUGGGCAUCGGCGAUCAAGGGGUUGGAGGCAUCCUGAUUAGCGUGGCCAAGUUGGCUCUGAUGACCAUUUGUGGUGGAAUGCAUCCAAAUCGUACUCUUCCAGUCGUCCUCGACACAGGCACAGACAACGAAAAACUCCUGAAUGACAAACUCUAUCUCGGACACCACUUUAGACGUGUCCGAGGUGAAGAAUAUGACAAUUUUUGCGACAGAUUUAUCCACACAGCCAAAAAGCUGUUCCCCAAGGCUUAUGUCCACUUCGAGGACUUUGGUCUUCCCAAUGCCCGAAGGCUGCUCGACAAAUAUCGCAGUGAAUUCCCUGUUUUCAAUGACGAUAUUCAAGGGACGGGGUGUGUGACUCUGGCUGCGAUCAUGGCCGGCUUGCAUAUCAAUGGGGCCAAGAUGUCGGACUUGAGAGUGGUUAUUUUUGGGGCUGGGACUGCCGGGUGUGGAAUUGCCGAGCAAGUACAAGCGGCCAUCGCCACUCAGUCCGACAAGAGUAAAGAAGAUGUUGCGCACCAAAUAUGGUGUGUUGAUAAACCGGGUCUGCUUCUUGACGACAUGGAAGACACUCUCUCGAUUGCACAGAAACCCUUUGCGCGCAAGGCGUCCGAGUGGCAAGGUAAAGACACCAAAUCCCUCGAAUCCAUCAUCGCCGAGGUCAAACCUCAUGUCCUGAUAGGGACAUCCACAGUCCCCGGCGCUUUCACCAAAGGAGCUGUGCAGGAGAUGGCAAAACACGUUGAAAGGCCAAUAAUAUUACCUCUUAGCAACCCUACACGUCUCCAUGAGGCCAAGCCGGAAGACCUCAUCUACUGGACGGAUGGUCGAGCUCUCGUUGCUACAGGCUCGCCGUUUCCGCCUGUCAAGCACAAUGGUAGGGAGAUCGAGGUGGCGGAAUGCAAUAACUCUGUCUGCUUCCCCGGCAUAGGUUUGGGCGGCGUUUUGUGUCGGACAAAACUCGUGACAGAUAAGAUGCUCGUCGCAGCGGUGACUGCACUGGCCAAGGAAGCUCCUGCCAUGCAGGAUCCUGAAAAGGCCCUUGUUCCAGGCGUCGAACAGGCUAGGCCAGUCAGCGUCAAGAUCGCAAUGGCAGUUAUUCGAUGUGCUCUGGAGGACGGGCUUGCACAGGCGACAGAUAUUCCUGUCGACUCUGAUGAGGAACUGCAAGAAUGGGUGGAGGCACAGAUGUGGGAUCCUGUAUACCGACCGUACGUGAGGCCUUGA